AUGAAAUGCGAAUUGUUACCAUCAAAUUUCAAUUCUUUGUUGAAUCAUUUUUCUUCUUGUUUGUUAAUAAUAUUGAAUAUGCUUUCUUGCUAUCCAUUAGAGCUCAUAAGAGAAAGACCUAUUACAGAAGAAGAAAGUAAGAAAUGUGAUAGAAACUUGUACUUUACUGAUCCAGAGGGAAAUGGACCACUUUUUGAGAUGAUCAUUCAGAAACGUGAAUACGUGACGCUGUAUGGUGCACGGGCUUCUGGAAAGUCCACACAAGUGCAACGAUUUAGGGAACUAUCGAGUUUUAAAGGAUGUGUUUGCACUUAUGCGAGUCUUGAGCUGGCUAAUGCAACAGAUACCGUGAAAGAGUUCUGGAUAUCAUUUGGAAUUUGUCUCACUCAUGAUAUUUCUGAAAAUUAUGAUCUCAAAUCUAUUAGUUUUGAUAAAUUGUGUGAUUCGAAUAUAAAUGUUAAAUCCUCGUGCCUAGAGACUCUUCAUGGCAUUAAAAAUGCAAAAGAAAACUAUGCUUUCUGGUACGUGGUCACCAUCGGGACUUUUGGUAUUACACACCUUGAAUCGGGAAAAGUGUCUACAGCACCAUUUAAUAUUUGUGAGCCAUUCCUGAACCCGGAUUUCAUAUUAGAGCAAGUACAAUUUUUAUUUAAAGAGUUUGAGAGAGACUAUACAUCGACUAUUGAUCCAGAGAUCAUUGAGGAUAUUUACAAACAAUCAAACGGGCAUGUGAAGUUGAUUCAUUUUGGCAGAGACAGAAGGCUUAGCUUUGUAGAAUGGACAAAAUUUGUUACCAAAUCUAUUGACAAUCAGAUGAUUGAUUAUUCCACUUUCAGGAAGAUGGUUGAAAUGCUUAAUACCAAUAAUAGAGUUAAGCCCGCUGUGGAUCUACUUCGAUCUAUGUUCCUAGGAUUUUUUGAUUUUGUGCCAAUCUAUGACAAAAAAGAAUUAAGACUAGCAGAAUUCUUGGUAGCUUUGGGAGUACUAAUGAGGAAUGAGAAGACUAAGAAUGAAUUUAAAAUGUCAUCUGUUUUUGUGGAUGCACUGAUUCAGAAACAAGUUAUUCCUGUAUUGUACAAAUCUUGUCCAACUAUUCCAGUUCCCCAUACAAAUGAAGGCACUCUGAAAACCCUUGAUAUUUUAAAGGAGACAAUCCAUUGUUUUGAUAAAACUAUUAUUUAUAAUGCUUUUAACCGGUCAUUUAAAACUGCCCUUGUGACAGUGAAUGAUCAAUGUAAUGUGAGGGUCCCUCGAGAAAGUGUUUAUGACACUGAGCUAAAUAGAAUCUUGGUGAACUGGAUUGUCAAAGAAUGUAAUCUUGAGGUCACUGGACAGUGGCAUCUGAUAGAUGAAAAAGACAAACAUAAUUAUAGUGAUAUUAUCAUUACAUCUCAACAUCAAACAGUCAUUCUUGAAAUUUUAGCAACUGCAACAAAAAAAGAACUCAAUGAACACUUUGAAAGGGUACUCAAUUAUGCGGAAAAACUAUCUACAAAUGAAAUUUGGAUAGUACAUUUUACGUGUGAGGAUGGUGCAACUCAGAACCUCCAUUGGCCACCUGAUGAUAGAAAGUUUGGGAGUGUUAAUGUUGUUCACUUCUUUCAUGACUGGAGGCUUGAAAAU